AAUGUCCGAUUUGUAAAAGCUUGUGUGAGUUGUUGUUCACAUUUCUCAACGAUUGAAGAGUUGGGAAGGCACAUGCAAACAAAUCAUGAGCCAAAAACUCAUCCUGAAUUAGAAAGAAGCUUUUUGGGAUUGAAUAAUGUCAACAAAUGGAAUUCACUGGUUGAUCAUCCAUCGAGUUCUUUUAUUCUAGACGUGGAAGAUCAAACCUAUUUGAAGCACGGAAUUUUCACCGAGUCGGAGAUGGAGGAGAUCAAAAACGAGAACGCUGUAUCUAUCACUGUACCCAUUCCCAUCGAAUUACGCGAUUACUUGAAUUCGUUCAAUUGUAAUACGACUAAACAGAUCAGACAAAGUCUUGCCAAACGACAGCAUUGGGAAUAUGAGAGCAAAUCUCUAAGCUCUUCCAAGAAAGAAUUAUGGUAUAACAUUCAUAUUUGGUCGUUUAUUGAUAGACUGUUUGAUGAUAUACCCGCACUGGAAGUUGUCAGGGUCAUUGGUUCACUAAAACCAUUAGAAAGGAGAAUGAUCGGGUACAAGUGCGAUUUCCUUGUGAGAGACACCACUUCGGAGCAUGAAGAGAGCUUGGAGUAUGGGGCAGGCGAGGUUGGAAUUAAAUAUGAGCAAAAGGGUACGAAGUUGAUGACCGAAGGAUCUGUUAAAUUACCCAAGGUUUUGAAAGACAUGUUGGACCAGCUUAUUAUAAAGAACAAGGACUACAAGAAUAUACAGUCAUUCGGUGUCGUUCAUUCCGGACUUACCAUGCAAUUGAUUACUGCUGACAGGCCAUAUCAGUAUAUAACGCGCAUUACCAGGGGAAAAGAACUCAAAAUCCCUUCCGAUGUUGCAAAAUUUGGCGAUAGUGUCCUUCCUGUUCUUGUUCAAGUUUGGCAAUUGAAACAGCAUAUUUUAAAUGUUCAAAAUAAGAUCAUGUCGCCAUCAAACACUAAACAUAAUGAUAGUCAUUGGCUCGAUGACUGCUUGACAAAAGGGGAUAAUUACAUCAUUCCCCAGACAUCCAACUCAACAGAAUAUACCACAUAA